AUGGGACCGGGGCACGGAGCAGCGGCGGCUCGGUACCCGUUGCGGGCCCUGGCACUGCUCUGGACGGCGGCGGUUCUGUGCCAGCUGGGCAGCGGCAGCGUCCUCCGCCGCCGCCUCCACGGGUUCCUGCAGCGGCGGCUGAGCGGCGGCGAACGGCGAGAUGUGCAAAGGGAGAUCCUGGCGGUGCUGGGGCUGCCCGGCCGCCCCCGGCCCCGCGCCCCCACCCGCGCCCCCGCCGCCGCCGCUCCGCUCUUCAUGCUCGACCUCUAUCAUGCCGUGGCCGGGGAGGAAGAAGCGGAGGAAGAAGAGGAGGCGGCGGUGUCGUGGCCGGUACUCACCGGGCUCAGCACCCAAAGCCCCCCGCCCGGCAGCGUCGUCAGCAGAGCGGACACCGUGGUCAGCCUGGUCAACAUGGUUGAGCAGGACCGGGACAUCUUCUCACCAAAGCCAUACUGGAAGGAGUUCAGGUUCGACCUGACCCAGGUGCCCACGGGGGAGUCGGUGACAGCUGCUGAGUUCCGCAUCUACAAGGCACAAAGCCUCAGCAGGCACAGCAACGACAGCCUGCACCUCAGCAUCUACGAGGUGGCUGCUGAGCACUCCAACAGGGAGUCUGACCUGUUCCUGCUGGAUGCCCAGGACCUGCGUGCUGGCACCGAGGGCUGGCUGGUGUUUGACGUCACAGCUGCCAGCAGCCACUGGUUAGUGGAUCGGAAAUACAACCUGGGGCUGCGACUCUACGUGGAGACAGCUGAUGGGCACAGCGUUGACCCAGGCUCAGCAGGGCUGCUGGGGCGCCGAGGACCCCGCUCCAAGCAACCCUUCAUGGUGACCUUCUUCAGGGCUAGCUCCAGCCCCACGCGCGUCACACGGGCGGCCAAGCCCCCGAGGAGGAGGCAGCAACCCAAGAAGAGCAACGACCUCCCCCACCCAAACAAGCUGCCAGGGAUUUUUGACGACGUCCACGCCGGGGACGGGCGGCAGGUCUGCCGGCGCCACGAGCUCUACGUCAGCUUCCAGGACCUGGGCUGGCUGGACUGGGUGAUCGCCCCCCAGGGUUACUCAGCCUACUACUGCGAGGGGGAAUGUGCCUUCCCCCUGGACUCCUGCAUGAAUGCCACCAACCAUGCCAUCCUGCAGUCCCUGGUCCACCUGAUGAAGCCUGAGGCUGUGCCCAAGGCCUGCUGUGCCCCCACGAAGCUCAGUGCCACCUCUGUCCUCUACUACGACAGCAACAACAACGUCAUCCUCAAGAAGCACCGCAACAUGGUGGUGAAGUCCUGUGGCUGCCACUGA